GAGUUUUAUUACAAAGUUUUAUCAACAUGGACUCUGCAGAGGAACCAACGAGUGCGGCCCAAAUAGGCAACAUCGAAGCUGUGAGGUUUACCACUCAGUUCGAUAAUUUAAUUCCAGCACUUACAAUAUUAAAGAAACAUGAUGUUAAGUUAUCUCAUGUCGAAUCUCGUCAAUCAAAAGAGUUCAAAGAUUGUCAUGACUUCAUGGUGGUACCAACAACACAAAUGAAUGGUUUACAAACGGCUAUUGACGAGUUGAAGAAAUUAGGCAAAUGUGUCACCAUAGUUGGCGAAGACAUAUGGAUCCCAAAACACGUUUCAGAUCUUGACAGAUAUGUAGAUAAAGUUUUAAGCGCCGGAGAGGAUCUAGAAGCAGACCAUCCUGGAUUUACCGAUGCAGUAUACCGGAAGAGAAGGAAAUACUUUGCAGACAUAGCUUUGAACUACAAACAUGGAGAAUCUAUUCCACGUGUAAAGUAUACGGAGGAUGAAGUAAAAACAUGGAACGCAAUCUAUACAAGAUUAACAGCAUUAUAUCCAAAACAUGCUUGUAAGGAGUUCCUGGAAGCAUUUCCACUUCUACAACAGAAAUGUGGAUAUAGUGCUGAUAACAUUCCACAACUGGAAGAUAUAUCAAACUUUCUGAGAGAUCGUUCCGGAUUCUCACUACGACCAGUAGCUGGUUUGCUAUCAUCACGAGAUUUUCUGGCAGGGUUAGCUUUUCGUGUCUUUCAUGCAACUCAGUAUAUAAGACAUGGUUCGAAACCACUCUAUACACCCGAACCAGAUGUCUGCCAUGAGUUACUAGGUCACGUGCCCAUGUUUGCAGAUCCUGAUUUUGCACAGUUUUCACAAGAAUUAGGAUUAGCCAGUUUGGGAGCUUCAGAAGAGGAUGUUAAAAAGCUUGCAACGCUGUACUGGUUUACCAUAGAGUUUGGACUCUGUCGUGAAGGAAAAGAUGUGAAAGCGUAUGGUGCUGGAAUUCUGUCUUCAUUUGGAGAAAUAGAGUACUGUCAGACAGAUGAACCGGAGAGACGCAAUUUUGAACCAGAAAAGGCAGCUAUUCAAGAAUAUCCUAUCACUAGGUUUCAACCAAUUUACUAUGUUGCUGAUUCGUUUAAGUCUGCUAAAGAUAAAAUGAAAGAUUAUGCAUCUAAGAUUCCACGCUCAUUUAAUGUGCGUUACAACCCUUUCACCAAAAGAAUAGAUGUCAUCGAUGGUACAAAAGGAGUGGUUACUCUAGUCAAAGAAUUACAAGGUGAAGUCACUAUGCUUCAGGAUACACUUACAAAGAUUGGAAGUUUUAGAGAGUAAAUGGUGCACAAUUGAAAACAUUUUGAACAAUACCAUAGUGUACAAAUUAUUUGAUAAAUCUCAUAGCUAGAGAUGAUCGUAUCACCA